AUGGCUGCGGAAAGACUGUUCUUUUCCACAGAAAAAAAACCUCCAUCUGGCAUCAUAGGCGGGAAGGGAAGUAGACGGAGGUACCGUGAACGGUGGCAUUCCCUGGCCAGCCUGAAGGCACCAAGAAGAUUUUGGGCAAGAGAGCGAAGUCAGGACUGGUGGGAAAGGAUCGUUCUCACCACCUGGGAUAACGAUCAGUGGGUCGAAUGCUUCCGAAUGGACAGGGAAACCUUCAUGGAGCUAGUCUGCGUGCUCCGCGGCAGAAUUGAACGGCAGCACACCAAUAUGAGGGAACCUGUGUCCGUGGAGCAGCGCGUUGCAGUGACCAUUUGGGUUCUUGCCACCGGUUCCUGCUACCGUGUUGCAGGUGACCAAUUUGGUCUUGGAGCAUCGACAGUGGCAACCAUCGUUUUGGAGGUCUGUGAAGCCAUGGAAGUUGAACUUCUAUCAAAGACUGUGUGCCUGGGAUCAGAGAUUGGCAAGAUUAUGGAUGGAUUCUCCUCGCUCGGAUUUCCUCACUGCAUUGGGGCCAUUGAUGGGACACACAUUCCUAUUUGUGCUCCUGGGGGAAGCCCCGAGCAAUACGGGAACCGAAAAAACUUUUCAUCCAUGCUGCUGCAGGGGACAGUGGACCACACCGGACGAUUUGUUGAUGUGGAAAUUGGAUGGAGUGGUAAGAACCACGAUGCUUUCGUGUUUAGAAAUUCAUGUCUCUGUGCGGCGAUGGACAGUGGAAGUUUUGUUCCCGGAAACCCCACUUUACACCUUAAUGGUGUUUCUGUACCACCCAUUAUUAUUUCGGAUGGUGCAUAUCCCAUGAGGCCAUGGCUCAUGAAGCCUUAUGGAAAGCUGGCCAGGACACCAAGGGAGCAUAACUUCGACCGCCGCCUCUCUCGAGCCAGGAAUCAGGUGGAGAAAUCUUUCGGCCGUUUGAAGGGACGCUGGCAAACCCUCCUCUACAGACUGAAGGCCAGGGAGGAGAACGUUGCGACAAUUAUCACCGCCUGUGUUAUCCUACACAACAUUUGUGAGGCACGAGAGCAGCGGUACCUGGGCAACCUGAAAGACCCCUCACCUGUCAUGUUGCAAGAGGAUGGCUUAGAGUCGCUGGACGGCAACAAGACCUUGUUGGAGGGGGGGAAGUUGGUGAGGGAUGCCCUCGCUGAAUUCAUGGAUUCUCAAAAUACUGAUUAG